AUGUUCACCACCAAGUCCGUUCAGUCGCUCAAGAAUCUCUUCGCAUCCUAUCACGAACCCCUACCCUUGUCGAAACAACAGUCUCAGAAGCUUCUCGACGGUCUCAAGACAUCCUUUCGAAAGCAGCUCGAUCGCGAAUAUGGAGAGAGCCCCAAUAGCCCGGCCCAGCCUGCUGCGAAAUCUGUCGAUCCAACAAAUCAUGGCCGACUGUCGGCUGCAAACCUCCAUUUGAAGGAUAUUCUAGCCAACCCGCUAUUCAGCUACAAUAAAGAUGUCGCAUCAACAUUUCCAACAAGUUUAGCAACGCCGAAUUUGGCAACACCAGCCCGUGAUCCUAUAGAAGUUUUUGACUAUGCCGUAGCCCGAGGACUGAUGACACCAAAGGCUGCGAUCGGUUGCAUGCACGCCAAAGCGAAGCAACUUCAAGCACAAGAAGCUGGUCUUGCAGGCCUCGCUACAUCAGGAGUAUCGGGCCGUGUUAUAAGAUGGCUUCGAUCGUGCGGCGCCGAGCAAGACCUGCGGUUCAUGGACAACCAGACUUUUAUUCGAACACUGGCCCCUUUCUUAGUGGCAGAGGGAAUGGAGGAAGUUGCUUGGGAAUGGCUUGUGCGAACAGUCAACGGCAGCUCUGGAGAUAUCCCCAAGGAAAAGCGUCUCAAGAGAGCAUCGUAUUUACUCGGAGAGCUCGUUAAGACAAAGUGUCAGCCUCAGUAUGGCAACCUUGAUUCAGGCAUCUCCACCAUGUUACAAGCGCAGCAAUUGUUUAGGACCAGCCCCUUACUCUCGGAACUUCUGGUUUCCUCGUGGCGCUCUGUAUCAUGGUUCUCCACCGUCGAGUCUUACAGUCGACCCGCGCCAUCCGAAGAGCUCUUCGAUGCUCAUAUCGCUACGGCCGAUCGUCUAUCUCAGCCCUUACUCCUGGAACGAGCCCAUCUUCACCUUUAUCACCCAACACACCCUGACCAUCUUCCUGCGCUGAACUUCUUCAAAGAUAAGGAGAGGCUAAGAAGGUUGGUAACCUCUAUUGGGCCUAAGAAGGCCAAGCCGGCCAAAUUGAGCACUGUCUCGUGGCUUGCCUUCCUGGGGCACGACACUGUUAAUCACUUAUCUCAGUCGGGCAGAACCCAAGAGGCUCAGGGUGUCACAGAGCUACUACAGGCAGAAGUGGCCAGCCUCUUUAACGACAAAUCAGAGCCGGCUCUGGAAUUAUGA